AUGGAGCCCCUGUUUCCGGCUGGAGCCCUGGGCUGGAAUGCCUCCUCGGUCCCUGGAGGUGGCCACAACCGGACAGUGGCUGGGCCUGCGCCCUCGGCCGGGGCGCGGGCGGUGCUGGUGCCGGUGCUGUACCUGCUGGUGUGUGCGGUGGGGCUGGGCGGCAACACGCUGGUCAUCUACGUGGUGCUGCGCCAUGCCAAGAUGAAGACGGUCACCAACGUGUACAUCCUCAACCUGGCCGUGGCCGACGUGCUGCUCAUGGCCGGCCUGCCCUUCCUGGCCACGCAGAAUGCUGUCUCCUACUGGCCCUUUGGCCACUUCCUGUGCCGCCUGGUCAUGACGCUGGACGGCGUCAACCAGUUCACCAGCAUCUUCUGCCUGACCGUCAUGAGCGUCGACCGCUACCUGGCGGUGGUCCACCCGCUGCGCUCCGCCCGCUGGCGCCGGCCCCGGGUGGCCAAGCUGGCCAGCGCCGCCGUCUGGGCCUUCUCCCUGCUCAUGGCUCUGCCGCUGCUGGUCUUUGCGGACGUCCAGGAGGGCUGGGGCACCUGCAACCUCAGCUGGCCGGAGCCCGUGGGGCUGUGGGGUGCGGCCUUCAUCACCUACACCUCCGUGCUGGGCUUCUUCGGGCCGCUGCUGGUCAUCUGCCUCUGCUACCUGCUCAUCGUGGCCAAGGUGAAGGCGGCGGGCUUGCGUGCGGGCUGCGCCCGGCGCCGGCGCUCGGAGCGCAGGGUGACGCGCAUGGUGCUGGUGGUGGUGGCGGUGUUCGUGGGCUGCUGGCUGCCCUUCUUCAUCGUCAACAUCGUCAACCUGGCCUUCGCGCUGCCCGAGGAGCCCGCCUCCGCCGGCCUCUACUUCUUCGUGGUGGUCCUGUCCUACGCCAACAGCUGCGCCAACCCUCUGCUCUACGGCUUCCUCUCUGACAACUUCCGCCAGAGCUUCCGGAAGGUUCUGUGCCUCCGCAGAGGCUACGGUGCCGAGGACGCGGACGCUGCCACCGAGCCACGGCCGGACAAGAGUGGGCGGCCGCAGGCCAGCACGCAGGCGCCCCGGGGCCGCGAGGCUGACGGGCGCAUGCAGACCAGCAGACUGUGA